UAAUUUUGCUCUUAAUUUCUCCACCUGUUUUGUUCCGACAAUGCCUCCAUUGUUGCCGGAUUUCUCCAACUCGGUUAAGCUCAAGUAUGUAAAGCUCGGCUACCACUACCUCGUGGAUCAUUUUCUUACGCUCACGUUCAUUCCUGUCAUGGUUGGAAUUGUUGUCGAGAUUGUUCGUUUGGGCCCCGAUGAGCUCCUCAACAUAUGGAACUCGGUCCAUUUCGAUCUCAUUCAAGUCCUGUGCUCUUCUUUCUUGGCCAUUUUCAUUGCCACUGUUUACUUCAUGUCGAAGCCGAGGUGUAUUUACCUUGUGGAUUAUGCGUGCUACAAGCCUCCCGUCACAUGCAGGGUUCCUUUCGCUACUUUCAUGGAGCAUUCCAGGUUGAUUUUGAGUAACAAUCCGAAGAGCGUUGAGUUCCAGAUGAGGAUUCUCGAACGGUCCGGUCUUGGUGAAGAAACUUGUUUACCUCCUGCUAUUCAUUACAUCCCUCCGAAGCCGACCAUGGAGGCCGCGAGAGGUGAGGCCGAGGUUGUUAUCUUCUCGGCUAUGGAUUCUUUGUUCGAGAAAACGGGGCUGAAGCCGAAAGACAUCGAUAUUCUCAUCGUCAAUUGCAGUCUGUUUUCUCCGACGCCGUCGUUGUCGGCCAUGGUGAUUAACAAGUACAAGCUGAGGAGUAACAUCAAGAGCUUUAAUCUUUCGGGAAUGGGGUGCAGUGCUGGGCUUAUCUCGAUCGAUUUAGCUCGGGAUCUUCUUCAAGUACACCCGAAUUCAAAUGCGGUUGUUGUCAGCACGGAGAUCAUUACUCCGAACUAUUACCAAGGGAAAGAAAGAGCUAUGCUACUUCCCAACUGUCUCUUCCGCAUGGGCGGCGCCGCGAUCCUCUUGUCAAACCGCCGCUCCGAGAGGAGGCGAGCCAAGUACCGUCUCGUCCACGUUGUUCGAACACACAAAGGCGCAGACGACAAGGCCUACCGAUGUGUGUUCGAAGAAGAAGACAGAGAAGGCAAAGUCGGGAUAAAUUUAUCAAAAGAUCUCAUGGCUAUUGCAGGGGAGGCCUUAAAAUCCAACAUUACAACAAUCGGACCAUUGGUUCUUCCGGGAUCGGAACAACUCCUAUUUCUUCUCACUCUAAUUGGACGUAAAAUCUUCAACCCCAAGUGGAAGCCAUACAUUCCGGACUUCAAGAUGGCCUUUGAACACUUCUGCAUCCACGCCGGAGGACGAGCAGUGAUCGACGAACUUCAAAAGAACCUGCAGCUCUCAGCAGAGCACGUCGAGGCAUCAAGGAUGACAUUACAUCGAUUCGGGAACACAUCGUCCUCAUCGUUGUGGUACGAGAUGAACUACAUUGAAUCAAAGGGGAGGAUGAAAAAGGGAGACAGGAUUUGGCAGAUAGCAUUCGGGAGUGGAUUCAAGUGUAACAGCGCCGUGUGGAAGUGCAACUGCACCAUCAAAACCCCGACCGGCGGGCCUUGGGACGAUUGCAUCGAUCAGUAUCCGGUUCACAUUCCUGAAGUUGUCAAGCUCUAGGCAGCAACAAAAGUGGAACGACAGAUGGGUUUGGGUAACUUGCUAGAAUCAUGAACUUGUUAUCCUGCAUUUAUAUUUCUCCCAUUGUGUUUUUUCUUAUCUUUUCGAAGUCAUGAAUUUGCAUAGAUACCUAAUAUCAUCCCCCAUUUAUGUGGUAAUUAAUGUAUCCCUUGCAAGGGAAUUAAGGAAGUAACAGUGUGGAAUAAUAACAGAAAAAUGCUGUACUCAUGCUGAUUGUAAAAAGAAAAUUGGUAUAGCUUUAUAAUAACACAAUAUGUGCUUAUCUUUUUUUUA